GCCACCCACCAUAUGGGAAGCAACAUACACACUAGAGAACUGAGCUUGUUUCUAAUAAUAAGCUUUCUAUUGCAGAAAAUGGCGAGCGUUCUCUUUCGUCUCUUUGUUGUUCUGCUAGGGCUCUCUUAUCUUCUAUCUUUGCAAGCAAUCCCAAUCACAAGAACUGAGAACCUUAUGCAGGGCCCCCUAGUUCAUGAUGUUAUUUCUGAGAACACCGACAAGAUUGCAACAGAGAGAAACGCGGAGUUGGAGGAGCCAAACACUGUUACUGAGAGAAUGGACCUGGAACUCCAUGACUACCCACCCUCAGGAGCCAAUAAUCGUCACACUCCAAGAGCCCCAUGAUCGUUUGUGUGUGAAAUGAUAUUAAUGCUGUGAUGAAUAAUCUUAUUUGGGUUCCUUUUGGUAGGAUUGUUCUUCAUAUUACGAUUGUACAAUGUCAAGUGCGGUUAUCAGCAAUGUUCUGUUGUUCUUCAAUAUCAUGCUUAAGCAGCCACGGAUAUUGAUGCUUAAUUGUCUACUGUCUUGAAGGCAAGCAAUUAUGUGCAGUGCGAUGAAGAAGUAACUACUACUACUACUAGAGUUUAAUAAUUCGAAUUAUUGAUUAGUAUCUAUAAUAUUCAUCUGGGGAUUUAGACCCCUUUGUGUUCGUUCAAUUCCUGCUUAAUUAUCCUUCAGUAUCUGUGUUGUUCACGGCUCAUCUGGAGCUAUUAUUAUGGCGCUUAUCACAUA